ACUGUUCGAUGUUCACAUAAAAUAAAAUAUCUUGUAAUAGUUGUAUUAUAUUAUAUCUGAUAAAACAAGUGUGGGGAUUAUAAGGAAAGCCCGUGAAAAAAUCCCCCGGGCAACGCAGGCAGAAAUAUUUCGGUAAAGUUGAUUUUUUUUAUCAAAUCCGCAACUCAUCCUGGACUUGAAAAGAGAUUUUUGAUAUCUUAUAUUUUCCAGGAACGUUUGAUCAUGAUAUGGCAAACCAGCGGGCCCAGCAGUAUGUAAUCAGUUGUAAAGAACUUGAAUACAAUGAUACCUUCAUCUAUCACGCGAACAGAACUUUUUCCCAGACAGGAUUUCAGGUUGAUUUGAUAAGAAGAAGAACUCCAGUCCUUCUUCAGGUUUACCUUACUACUGGACUAUUUGUUGUCGUCAGUUGGAUCUCGUUCAUUGUUCCUCCAGAGGUAGUUCCAGGACGAAUGGCUCUACUGGUAACCUUGUUCCUUGUCCUGGUGAAUAUAUUUAAUUCUGUUACUGCUAAUGCUCCGAAGGCCGAGGGUUUAACAGCAGUAGAGAUGUGGGUUGUUUCCUGCAUUAUUCAUGUGUUUGCUGUACUUGCAGAGUAUGCUGUUAUACUUAAACUUAUACAGAAUAACAAGAGGAAAGAAUCUAGAGAACGACGGCGCGAGGAUAGAUUGGCCCGACAAGCAGAGUUUGAAAAUGUUGCGCUCUUGAACGUGCACAGUACAGAGCGACAAUGCUUGGUGCAGCGGGACGGAGAAACUGCGCUUUUAAAUAAUGGAAACAAAGACGACCAACCUCCCCAAAUGAAUGCGGCACAUGCGCAAGGCAUGCGUGUUCUAAAACAGCUGAAAAAGGACAUUAAAAACGAAAGGAGCAAACAAGUACAGGAGCAAGUAGAUAUUGUGGCCAUGUAUUUAUUCCCUGUUAUAUUCUUAUUCUUUAAUCUUUUAUACUGGCCAUACUAUUUAAUGUUUAUUGAAUGGUUUGGUUAAAUUUUUUUAAAAGUUUAUGUGAUACAUUUUUUUCAUCCUUGGUGAAUUCUUUUAGGGAUAUUGUCUUUGCCUAGAAUUUCGUAAAAUAUACCAAAACAUCUAUCUAAAUAUCUAUAUUCUAUAUAUCUACAUGGGGUACCUUUUAAGAAUGAGAUUAUACGAAUGUUGAUUGAGUUUAUAAAUCCUUAUAUGUAUAAUAUUAUAAAAUUAUGCCGUUGUAUACUUAAAUUAAAAAUCAACUUUAAAACCAUGAAUUUAUUGAGAAACAAAACACUGGGAAAAUAUUACAAGAAAAUAUAUUACAUUACAUGGUAUUAAAUAUUUUACUGACGAAGAUUAAUUCGCCUUCUCUGCAAAAAUGGAACAUUUUUGAAGCUAGAUUUAGUUCUUUAGUUACCAAAAAUGUUAGCAUUAAAAACAAUUUAGAUAGAAGUCAAACUGAAAAGACGAUGGGUUUCAGAAGGCGAAAUAAUACUUUACCUAGAAAGUUGAUUGAUAGUAAAUGUUGAUUGUGAUGUACUGCACUUAAUAUAGGGUUAUCCGCAAAGAAUCUACAUCACUCCUGUAUGCCGAGUCCAUUUGCGCCUGAUCCAAUCUGGGUUCAGUCAUGUGUUUGUUGUCUAUUCUGAACCAACAGAAAUUGCAUAGCGAUCAUAAUAGCUGAAGAGCUGGAGGUCGUCAUUAAUCCUUUGUGAAUAACCCUAUACAAUACAUAUAGCCCUUCUAUUCACCAGUAACACCCUACUCUCGUUUACCGAUACUAUGUAAUAAAAUGUUAACCCCUUUGUUGCUCAAAAUAAAUAUUGACAAAGUUAAAAAUUGAUUAGAAUAAAGAAGAUAUAAAAAUAGUGUAUUGCAAAUAAAUCUGUUUUCCCGUG